AUGGCUGACGCUGAAGAUAGUGAUUCCCGUCUGGCGACUAUAUCUGCUGCUCCAAUUUCUUUCGGCUUCAGUCGUACGUCUGCCCGGAGGCGGGUAGUGGACCUGGGAGACAGCGCGAGGGCCGCCUCAGAGGAGAAGGAUUUCUUGAAGACUGUGGAAGGGAGGGAGCUGCAGAGUGUGAAGCCCUCAGAAGCUCCCAAGGAACUUGUAAUUCCUUUGAUCCAGAAUGGACAUCAAAGGCAACUGACCCAAGCCCCUGGACCAUCCACAAAUGUUGAUGCCUCAGUGGAUGGGGUGCUGCUGUCCCAGGCCGUGAAGGAGCUCAUUGAGGAAUCCAAGAAGUCUCUGGAGGAGAGAGAGAAUGAGGGUGUCUGUCCCACGCUCGCUAUCCCCAUGAUUGAGAAGGGAUGCAUCCCCAGCAGGGAAGGGGAAGACAGCGAACUCCCGGCUAAGACAAUGCCAGAGGAGGCAGAUUAUGAGGCAGUCCCUGUGGAGGCCUACGGGUUGGCCAUGCUGCGGGGCAUGGGCUGGAAACCUGGCGAGGGUAUUGGCCGUACCUUCAAUCAAGUAGUGAAGCCCCGUGUCAACUCACUGAGGCCCAAGGGGUUAGGGCUGGGUGCCAACCUGACCGAGGCCAAGGCCCUGACCCCCACCGGCCCCCACCGAUUGACCAAACCAGAUGAAGAGAAAGAAAAAGAAGACCAGUUUCAAGGACUGGUGCCUGGAGGCGCUGUAGUGAUCCUGUCUGGUCCCCACCGAGGUAUCUAUGGGAAGGUGGAGGGCCUUGAUCCUGACAAUGUUCGAGCCAUGGUUCAUCUGGCAGUGGGGAACCGAGUGGUGACUGUUAGUGAGUACUGCCUGAGACCUGUCUCCCAGCAGGAGUUUGACAAGAACUGGCUGGACUGCAAACAACAGAAUGGAACACCAUCAUCACGGAAGGCCACCCGGGAGCAGGACCUCCAUGUUCAGUGGGAGGACUCAGAGAGGAAGCGGAAACACCCUCCACACCGACAGGAUGGUCCUCCAGCCAAGACUGAGAAAGCAGCCCCCAGGAGUCAGCACUGGUUGCAUAGAGACCUGCGUGUACGGUUCGUGGACAAGCUGUUCAAGGGCGGCCAGUAUUAUAACACCAAGAUGACGAUUGAAGAUGUCCUGAGCCCUGGUACCUGUGUGUGUCGGACAGAUGAAGGCCGUAUCCUAGAAGGUCUGAGGGAAGACAUGCUGGAAACCCUAAUUCCCAAGGUUGAGGGCAGUUGUGUAAUGGUGGUACUGGGACCACAGGCUGGAAGGGUGGGAUGUCUACUGAGCCGAGACACAGUGCGGAACCAGGCUCUGGUGCAGCUGCGGAGAGAGAAUCAGGUGGUAGAGCUUCACUAUGAUGCUGUCUGCCAGUACAUGGGCCCUGGUGACUCUGAUGACGACUGA